AAAAAAGAAAGCGAGGGGUAGCAAAGCCAGCCAGGCGAGGGAGGAAGGAAGGAAGAAGAGCAGGAGGAGCCCAACGCCCGCGAAACCCUAGCCCUCGCGCUCGCCCACCGCCUUCCUCUCCCCCCCUACCCUACCCCGAGCUCGCCACCCGAUCCGAUCGAAGAUGCAUAAGCUGGGGAGAGGAAGCCGCGACAAGGUGCAGCAGUUCAUGACCAUAACUGGUGCGAGUGAGAAGGUCGCCCUUCAGGCCCUGAAAGCUAGUGAUUGGCACUUGGAAGGAGCUUUUGAUUUUUUCUACAGCCAACCACAAAUUUCUCUGACGAACUCUCGGCAUCUUGAAGAUCUGUACAACAGAUACAAAGAACCUGAUGUUGAUAUGAUCAUGGUGGAAGGUGUAUCUCAGUUUUGCACUGAUCUUCAGGUGGAUCCCCAGGAUAUUGUUAUGCUUGUCAUAUCAUGGCACAUGAAAGCUGCCACAAUGUGUGAAUUUACUCGCCAGGAAUUCAUUGGUGGACUGCAGUCAAUUGGGGUGGAUUCAAUUGAAAAGCUCCGUGAGAAAUUGCCAUCUUUACGGGCUGAGAUAAAAGAUGACCAUAAAUUCCGUGAGAUAUACAACUUUGCUUUUGCUUGGGCUAGGGAAAAGGGUCAAAAAUCUCUCGCACUGGAGACUGCUCUUGGAAUGUGGCAGUUGCUCUUUGCUGAAAGGCACUGGCCCCUUAUCGACCAUUGGUGCCAGUUUUUACAGGUGAGGCAUAAUAAAGCCAUUUCUAGGGACACAUGGUCUCAACUGUUGGAAUUUGUCAAGACGAUCGAUCCACAGUUAUCCAACUACGACGAAGAAGGUGCUUGGCCCUACCUAAUAGAUGAAUUUGUGGAGUACCUAACCGAGAAUGGAUUCGUUCAGCUUAGGAAGUGAACAAUGGGAGGCCCACAUUCUCACUACUUCAAAUACAAUCAUGAUUGGGCUGUACAAACGUGUGAGAUUCAUCUCGGUCUAUACAGUGUUCAGGGCUUGGCCUUGGCGUUCUUGCGCAACUGAUCGCAAACAGUGGACAUGUAUCCUUACGUGAUGACAUUUGCUCGCGCAAGGGGACGAUUUGAUUUGGGAAGUGGUGACUGCCAUUGUGGAAUUAUCACUUACGGUUUAUUUAAUAUAUAUUGUGGUCGGCGCAGAA